CAGGAGAGCUUAUAAUACUUGUAUUGGUAAUGUAAUUUUUAUAUUGUGCAUGAUAAUGCGUUCUACCUUUCAUUUGGUGUGGCUGUUGAAUGGUUUAGUUGUGAUAUCAGAUGCUCAGACAGUGAAUCUUGGAGUCUGUUCAAAUGAAGGCGAACCUCUACAAUGUUGUCGAAAUUACAGACCACGUGGUGAUUCUUGUGAAGAAUGUUGGCCAGGCACGUUUGGCAUAAAUUGUAAGGAGGACUGUCCUGACGGGUUCUAUGGACGUUUUUGUAUACAAGUCUGUGAUUGUUCUUCAUGUGACAAGGUAUCUGGGUGUCAACCGAAUUCAACUCAGACUGAAACAACAAAACCAGAAAAUUCCUAUAAUAGAGGCGUGAUUAUUGCUUCAUCUCUGAUAGGAAGUCUGACUUUCAUAAUAAUAGUUAUCAUCAUCUACCGCAAACAGAGAAACAGAAUCUUAAUAAGGCCAGACUCAUCCAUUCAUAAAGGCGGUGUACUAGCCAGAACGACACCAUUGGGUGGAUUUCCUCAACUCAGUCCAUCUUCCAUUGAUGGUGGUCCAGCAUUAACAUUUCACGGCGGGAAUUUUAAACUGUUAUACCCUCAGAUGUGUUGGCAGCAAAACGAUUUUUCUGAUAAUUCAAUGAAUUCAGAAGAUAAUAGCCAUGCUAAGCUGUCGACUCUAGACAGUGUGUACAGUCAUCUCAACAUGGAUGUGGGAGAUUACAACAUAUUAAGUCUGACAACCAACAACAGUCAGGAAACUGAUGAGGAAUAUUACUCUUCACAGACUUCUAACAGUUGUUGCAAUAAUAAAGAAUGGGGGUGUUCAUUGAGAAACAAAGAGAAUGGAUGUUUAUUGUCAGAAAAGGAGUGCAGCAGCACUCUAAACAAAACUUCACAAAGAGAAGAUAUACUUGAAACCCACAAUGUCCCAGAACCAGAAAAUUUUAAAAUCAGUAUGUCGAAGAAAGAUGGAAUUUCAUCAGUAAAGGUGAAGAUAGAUGCAAUGCACUUGGAAGAAUUGUCAAAAAAACUAAAUAGCUUUAAACCGAAAGCUCAAGAUAUUGAAUUCAAUUUUCCAGUUUAGUGUAAAGUCGCAUUAGCGCGUGAAGAACCUCAUACAAAGAGACAAAUACUGAGAUUCAAAUUAGAUGGUCGUUAUAAGGAUAUAGUUGAUCAAUACAACCUAUGGUUGAGUCAAGUGCUGUCUGACAUGCUUCAUACCGAUUGUUAGGCCGUUCUUGGCACAUUGAUUUUGACUACGGAUAAAUCCGUUUACCUGUUCAGGAUAUGGGGCUCCUCGCGGUUGUGACCGGUCGAAAGGGGAUGCUUACUUUUCCUAGGCACCUGAUCCCACCUAUUGUGUGUCCAGGAGUCCGUGUUUGCCCAAUCUCUAUUUUGUAUUGCUUAUAUGACUUACGUGAUUAAUUCACUGUCCGUUAUCUUCACAUUUCAUUUAGGAGAACCUCAAACAUAGAAAUACCGGAUUACAGAAAAACCUUAUACAGAAAAACACUGACAUAAAUCUUGGUUCCUUCCGCAUAGGUCGAUGGCAUCAAUAGAUAAAUAUUAAAUAUUUCACUUUGUUUUACAAACUUUAUAACAUAGAGUUUUGAAUUAGCAUUAACAGGAUUGCACUUUU